AUGACAGAGUCACCGCCGGAGGAGACACAGUCGCUGUCAGAGAAGAUAGAUCGACGGAGAUUCGUCGGAGAAGAAGACAGAUCGGUGGAGGAUCGAUUAAACUCUAUUCCUAAGCCUUGUUGGAAAGGUGAUUCCCUUGCGAUCAAAAUCCCGGAAGAUGCUUACCGGGAGGGCCUUGCUAGGUGCUCCACACAUCUUCACGGGAGGGUCCUCUUGGCUAAAGGCCAACAACCACUCAAAGUUGACGAAUUGAAAGCACGACUGUCCAAGGUGUGGAAGCAUAUAGCUGGCUGGAAUAUCAUACCACUAGGGAGAGGAUUCUUUGAGUUGGAAUUUCAAAGAUCCCAUGAUCUUGAAGUGGUUCUUGCAGCUGGCUCGUUAAACUUGGACCCGGGGUGGCUGCGGCUAUCACUUUGGAAGCCUGACUUCAAUCCAAGAUGUUACAAGAAUACGUUUGCACAGGUUUGGCUGCGCAUCUUGGAGCUCCCCCAAGAAUAUUGGAGUCCAAGAAUUAUUCUUGCAAUUGCAUCAGCAGUUGGAACUCCAAUUUCUCUGGAUAAAGCAACGUUGGAUAGGAAGUAUGGCCACUUUGCUAGAGUAUUGAUAGAAAUUGAUCUUGCACAUAAGAUUCCCACGCAGCUGCUGGUUGAAAGGGAAGGCUACGCUUUCUUUGUUUCUUUUGAAUUCGAUAGGUUGCCUCCGUUUUGCACUAUAUGUAAAUGUAUUGGACACGUUGAUUCUGCAUGCAAUGUUGUUAUUCAUGCAGGUGAUGGCUCACGUAAUUCUAAUAUGCAGAAAGGACAUGAUAGGCCACGUAAAUUUGUGGAUACUGCCGUUGAGGAAGGGAGUGAUCAUGUUAAAGAUAAUCCACACGCUGAUCAGCAUGGUGAUCCAGAUGCAUUACGUACAAAGAAAAGGCAGCUGGCUGGUGGUUCAGCUGCUGUACCAGCCACGGACCUUGUGCAUUCUGGUGCAGUGGGGAGCUUGGAAGAUGCACCUGGCACAAGUGUAGCAGGUGCUGGACAUGCACCGCCUGAAGUAGCUGCUGCACCGCUUGGAGCAACUUUGAUGGCUGCACACGUAAAUGCUGACCUGGACGUAAAUUCUGGUGCAGCACGAGGUGUUAACUUUGCAAUAAUGGACUCAAACUCUGCUGCAGCUGAUGAUCCGCAAGUGAUCAAGGCACAUGGUGCUGCCUCAGCUGACUUGGACGUAAAUUCUGGUGCAGCACGAGGGCCUAAUGUUGACAUAAUGGACUCCAACUCUACUGCUGAUGAUCCGCAAGUGAUCAAGGGUGUAGCUGGUGGAAUGGCUGGGUCCGCUGAGCAUAUUGUGUAG